UCCUCAUUCCGUAAUUCCAUCCCAAUCCUCCUCGUAAUCUCCCCCCAAAUUCGCGAUUCCUCCUCCUCUUCUUCUCUUCCCCCACAAGGAUCCCGCGCCGGCGGCGAUGGCGGGGGCGGCGGCGGCGGCGGCGGCGGCGGUGGAGCAGGCGCACGAGCUCUACCGGGGAGGCCGCCACCGGGAGGCGCUGGAGCUGUACACCGCGGCGCUGGCGGCGGCGCGGGGCACCGCGCAGCGCAUCGCCCUGCACAGCAACCGCGCCGCCUGCUACCUCAAGCUCCACGACUUCCACCAGGCUGCAGAAGAGUGCACAUCUGUCCUUGAGUUGGAUAGGGAGCAUGCUGGAGCUCUCAUGUUACGCGCACAGACUCUUGUCACUCUGAAGGAUUACCAGUCGGCUCUGUUUGAUGUGAACAGGCUGAUUGAGAUAAAUCCGUCAUCUGAAGUAUAUAGGAACCUCCAUGCACGACUGAAGACACAGCUAGCAUUAGCUCCCAUUCCAGAGUCCGAAGAGGAGUCUUUAUAUCUUGAAGAAGAUAAAGAAGAGCUGCCUCCAAGAGAAAAUAGAAAGAUCGAGAUUUCCAUCACCAAAUCUGAUCAACCUGCUACAGAACCGAUUUUCGAAAAGAAACCUGCAGCUAUUCUUGAAAAGAGACCUGCAUCUGAACCUCCAAAGGUUGAGGUGCCUCCCAGUCUGCCGCCAAAACCCCAGGGUUGGGAGACCAUUGCAAAACCAAAGGGGCAUUCAGGACUUGAUUACUCAAAAUGGGAUAAAGUUGAGGAUGACUCAAGUGAAGAGGAUGAUGAUGAAGAAGAGCUUCCUCAGUAUAAGUUCAAAGUCAGAACUGUUGGUGUGCGGUCAGUGAAGUAAACAGGAUUACUAACAAAAUUAUGACCUGUGGAUAAUGGUUUGAAAGCAUCCAACUAACUGAGGUCUCUUGCUCAUCCUAAGUGUACGCCUGUUGGUUCAUGUUUAGCCGGGAACCUCAGAGGAGCAUCAUCGGUAACACAAUUCAUUAGUCUCAUCUUGUGGACAGUUAAGGUUUCAGGAUUUGAAACCUUAGAUGAUAAAUCCCAAGUCCGAGCCAAAGGAAAUGGGGAAAUGGUUACAGUAGUGAACUGUCCUACGAAAAUCCUUAGGAUUGAACUAACACUCUGGUGCAGUGUCCAUCUUAGUAAAAAUCUAAAGUGUUUUUUUUGUCACCAAGGCGCCUACCUAGCUCAUUCUUGUCCCGUUCUUCCAUGUAUAUGAAUCUCUUUCGUUUAACUGUCAACAAUGGGUUGUCCCA